UUUGUCAAAUCCGGAUAUUAUUGUUACGCAUGUGCGAAAAGGGGAGGGUUCCUAGUUCCGGUAAUCGACCGAAAAUGAUCAAGUUUAUACUGAUACAGAACAGGGCAGGCAAAACGCGCCUUGCCAAGUGGUACAUGCACUUUGAUGAUGAUGAGAAACAGAAACUUAUUGAGGAGGUGCAUGCUGUGGUCACUGUGAGGGAUGCAAAACACACAAACUUUGUUGAGUUCCGGAAUUUCAAGAUUGUGUACAGGCGAUAUGCUGGGUUAUACUUCUGCAUAUGUGUGGACGUCAGCGAUAACAACCUAAUGUAUCUAGAAGCUAUUCACAAUUUUGUAGAAGUUUUAAAUGAAUACUUCCACAAUGUCUGUGAAUUAGAUCUAGUGUUUAACUUUUAUAAGGUCUACAGUGUUGUAGAUGAAAUGUUCCUUGCAGGAGAAAUCCGAGAAACGAGUCAGACGAAAGUAUUAAAACAACUUCUGAUGUUGUCUUCGCUGGAAUGAUAAAUCUUCAAUGACUUGGUACCAUCAGAGAUCGUGAUGAUCUUCCAUUAAAGUGGUGACCUUACCAGGUCAUCUAAAUAAUAUUUGUUUUGAAUAUGAAAAACUUACACCCCAUUUUGGUAGAAAGUAGGGUUCUGUUUGAUCUGAUGAAGUAAGCAGUAAUUUGUGGCAGAUCUAGUGUCAGGUCUGGAUGUUUUCCUACACUGACAGGUUGGAGGAAGUUUCCUGAAACUCUCUGAAUUCCCCUUGAACCUGCCACUGUGUUCUGUCUAAAUAACUGUCAAAUGGUCAAUUUUUGUGUAACUGCCAGUUUUGUGUAUAAGUUCCCAGUGAAGAAAAUAGAAAAAGACAUCCAUGUAGAAAACAUCAGGAAUCAUAUAAUACAGUAUUACGUAAAAUUUUCGUAACAUGCUUACAUUUCUUGGUCAUAAAACAUCAAAAACCAUGAUUAUCAGUAUGCAAACUUAACACCUCACACCAUGAAACUUUGUUUUGAGUGUAAAAGAAAGUCCUUCCAAGGAUUCAUGUUAUAUGUGCUGAAGUUUAACAGAAAUAAAUCUCAAAUGAACCACCAGUGGUAGGCAGUGUCAGGGAGUGAUACUGUAGAUAUAUAUAUAGUGUCAAUGGGUGAUUUUGCGAGGAGUUGUAUUACGUAUAUACACACAUAGAAGUGUUGGAUGAGUUAAUUUGUUAGUGACAGUACCUCUUCAUUUGAUUUGUGUGUACAUGUAUAUUAAAGCAUUCCAGUGGCAUUUCAUUAGGUAGGAUAACAUGGUUGUUUUGUCCGGAAUCUACAAUACUAUUUUAGAGUCAUUUGUGAAUUAUAUAGAAAGGGACAAAUGAUAUUAUUAUCCAUUCAUCAUACAUCUUAACUCAUUACAAUGGAUAAGAUCAGGCCCAAUUUUAAGGCUCUUUAUCCCCAUCUUCUGUAGGAAUACAGCUUGGGAUUUACCAUGUGCAUAUAAGGUACAUCAGUAAGGUUAAAUGAGAAUUACUAUUGUAUUUAUUCUUGAGCACCUUUAACAGGUUACAUUAAUUAAUUAAUCCAAAUUGGCAUUCCUUUUUCAAACUCUUUUUGUUUGAGGAUUUUUUUUUUUUGAGUAACUAUAAGGUUGCAUAUACUCUUAAGAUCAUUCUGUUUUUGAUAUAGAGUACUCUCAUACAAAAUUAUUGUAUUUCAUAACAUAAUUAUAUCACUAGUAAAAUACUUCAGUUCAUCUCAUUUGGAAAGAAGUGAAAAUGCAUUCUCAACUUGUGAAAAUGGAAGCAGAUUUGGACAGAUUUUAACAAACUAGCUAUGGAAAAGGGGAAUUGAUUUCCUGUAGUUUCUUUGGGGGUCAAUGUGAGAUGAGUACAACAUAUAUAAUUACCAGUUAUAAUGUGUGAAAUGUGUAUUAUGAAUUUAACAGGAUGAAUUGUACUUUAUGUUGAUUAAAUUAAAAAGGUGCAUAACCAGAAUUUUUAAGUGCUACAGAGUUUGAUGAGCAAGUUAUAUAUUGUGUUACUGCCAAUGUGAAUUAUUUUGUGGGGUAUGUUUUCUAAAAAAGUAGAUUUUCUGUCUAAUAAUUUUUUGGAGAAUCUCUGAUUCUGUAUGUCACAGAACAUUUACUGCUAGAAAUUAUUUCAAUAAGUCAUAAUGAUCUCCUUAACAUCAAACUCCCACAAUUUUGACUACAGCUAUCUAAAUUUGUAGGAGCCCAGUGGUUUGUUAGCUCACCUGGCCCGAAGGGCGGCGUACGUCAUCCGGCGUCAAUAUUUUACUUUAAACAACUUCUUUUU